AUGCACGACGAGCACAUACCGCUUGGCGACAACACCCCUCCUCUUCUGGAAGACCAUCAAGUGCCACUCAACUUUGCGCGCCGGCACCACGUUGACAUACCGAACCAUGACGAUCCCGCCUAUCCGCACUACCAAGCCUUGUGCAAAGUCGCCCUGGCCAAUGCCGUCAAGUCCUUUGAGGCGGAGCUCGCUGCGCGCAGUCCUGUCGAACAUAUUGAAGUUUUGAGCGAGACGCUGAUAGUACUGCCCCGCAGCCAGAGCAAGCUUUCCCAGCAAGAGCUGGCCGACCUCCAGAAGGCAACCCACUUCGACAAGAAGGAGCUGCAGCAGUGGUAUAAGGGUUUCCUCAAGGACUGCCCCUCCGGCAUGCUCACAAAGGAGGAGUUCCAAAAGAUCUACAAACAGUUCUUUCCGUUCGGCGAUCCAUCGUCAUUCGCAGAUUAUGUGUUUAAUGUGUUCGACGCGGAUAAGUCAGGCACCAUCGACUUUAAGGAGUUCAUCUGUGCUCUGAGCGUCACGAGCCGCGGAAAGAUGGAGGACAAGCUCGACUGGGCAUUCCAGCUGUACGAUAUCGAUGGCGACGGAAAGAUCAGCUAUGACGAGAUGUUGUCAAUCGUCGAGGCGAUAUACAAGAUGGUCGGCUCCAUGGUUAAGCUCCCCGAAGACGAGGACACGCCCGAGAAGCGCGUACGCAAGAUCUUCCGGAUGAUGGACAAGGACGAGAACGGCAGCCUGGAUAUGGCGGAAUUCAAGGAAGGUUCCAAGCGCGACGAGACCAUCGUCUCGGCUCUGUCUCUUUACGAUGGCCUUGUAUAA